AGUGCGGCGCAGGCCGGAAGUGUGGCGCGGAGGCACAGGGCUCGCCGGGAAAUGUAGUCCCCCGGGGUGGCCCGGGGCGGUGACCGCACGUCCCGCGGACCCGGUGGCCGAUCGGGCGUGGACCCGGGAUGGCUGGGCCGGGGGGCUCGGGAGGCCCGAUCGGGGCCGGCGCCCUGGCAGGCAGCGCGCGGUCCAAGGUAGCCCCGAGCGUGGACUUUGACCACAGCUGCUCGGACAGUGUUGAGUACCUGACACUCAACUUCGGGCCCUUCGAGACAGUGCAUCGUUGGCGGCGCCUCCCGCCCUGCGACGAGUUCGUGGGGGCCCGGCGCAGCAAGCACACAGUGGUGGCCUAUAAAGAUGCCAUCUAUGUAUUUGGUGGAGACAAUGGGAAGACCAUGCUCAACGACCUCCUACGGUUCGACGUGAAGGACUGCUCCUGGUGCAGGGCCUUCACCACUGGCACCCCGCCGGCCCCCCGCUACCACCACUCGGCCGUUGUCUAUGGGAGCAGCAUGUUUGUCUUCGGGGGCUACACUGGGGACAUUUAUUCCAAUUCUAACUUGAAGAAUAAAAACGACCUUUUUGAAUAUAAGUUUGCAACUGGCCAGUGGACGGAGUGGAAGAUUGAAGGACGGUUGCCAGUCGCCAGGUCCGCCCAUGGUGCCACGGUGUAUAGUGACAAGCUGUGGAUCUUCGCUGGCUAUGAUGGCAACGCCAGGUUGAACGACAUGUGGACCAUUGGCCUCCAGGACCGCGAGCUCACAUGCUGGGAGGAGGUGGCUCAGAGCGGCGAGAUCCCGCCGUCCUGCUGCAACUUCCCAGUGGCCGUGUGCCGGGACAAGAUGUUUGUGUUCUCGGGGCAGAGCGGAGCCAAGAUAACCAACAACCUCUUCCAGUUCGAAUUCAAGGACAAGACGUGGACACGCAUCCCCACGGAGCACCUGCUUCGUGGCUCCCCACCCCCCCCACAGCGUCGUUACGGGCACACCAUGGUGGCCUUUGACCGCCACCUGUACGUGUUUGGGGGCGCGGCGGACAACACACUGCCUAAUGAGCUGCACUGCUAUGAUGUGGACUUCCAGACCUGGGAGGUCGUCCAGCCCAGCUCCGACAGUGAGGUCGGCGGGGCUGAGGUGCCAGAGCGAGCAUCUGCUUCCGAGGAGGCGCCUGCCCUGGCCUCUGAGGAGCGGGGUGGCUUCAAGAAGUCCCGAGAUGUCUUUGGCCUGGACUUUGGCACCACCACAGCCAAGCAGCCUGCCCCGCCGGCCUCCGAGCUGCCAAGCGGAAGGCUCUUCCAUGCAGCCGCUGUGAUCUCGGACGCCAUGUACAUCUUCGGGGGCACCGUGGACAACAACAUCCGCAGUGGGGAGAUGUACCGGUUCCAGUUCUCCUGUUACCCCAAGUGCACGCUGCAUGAGGACUACGGGCGUCUGUGGGAGAGCCGCCAGUUUUGCGACGUGGAGUUUGUGCUGGGCGAGAAGGAGGAGUGUGUGCAGGGCCACGUGGCCAUUGUCACAGCUCGAAGCCGCUGGCUCCGCAGGAAGAUCGUGCAGGCACAGGAACGGCUGGCCCAGAAACUGGAGGAGGAGGCAGCCCCAGCUCCCAGGGAGGUCCCUGGUGGGGCCGUGGGGGGGGCCGUGGGGGGGGCCCGGCCGCCCCUGCUGCACGUGGCCAUCCGCGAGGCUGAGGCCCGGCCUUUCGAAGUGCUCAUGCAGUUCCUCUACACAGACAAGAUCAAGUACCCGCGGAAAGGCCAUGUGGAGGACGUGCUGCUCAUCAUGGACGUGUACAAGCUGGCACUGAGCUUCCAGCUGUGCCGCCUGGAGCAGCUGUGCCGACAGUACAUCGAGGCCUCCGUGGACCUGCAGAACGUGCUGGUUGUGUGUGAGAGCGCCGCCAGGCUGCAACUGGGCCAGUUAAAGGAGCACUGCUUGAACUUCGUGGUGAAGGAGUCCCACUUCAACCAGGUGAUCAUGAUGAAGGAGUUCGAGCGCCUCUCUUCCCCACUGAUAGUGGAGAUCGUGCGGCGGAAGCAGCAGCCGCCUGCCCGCGCCCCCUCAGAACAGCCCGUGGACAUCGGCACAUCUCUGAUCCAGGACAUGAAGGCGUACCUGGAGGGAGCAGGUGCGGAGUUCUGUGACAUCACUCUGCUGCUGGAUGGGCACCCGAGACCGGCCCACAAGGCCAUCCUGGCCGCCCGCUCCAGCUACUUCGAGGCCAUGUUCCGGUCCUUCAUGCCAGAGGAUGGCCAGGUGAACAUCUCCAUUGGGGAGAUGGUGCCCAGCAGGCAGGCCUUCGAGUCCAUGCUGCGCUACAUCUACUACGGUGAGGUCAACAUGCCGCCCGAGGACUCUCUCUACCUGUUUGCGGCCCCCUACUAUUAUGGCUUCUACAACAACCGGCUGCAGGCGUAUUGCAAGCAGAACCUAGAGAUGAACGUGACAGUGCAGAACGUACUUCAGAUCCUGGAGGCGGCUGACAAGACCCAGGCGCUGGACAUGAAGCGGCACUGCCUGCACAUCAUCGUGCACCAGUUCACCAAGGUUUCCAAGCUGCCCACGCUGCGCUCGCUGAGCCAGCAGCUGCUGCUUGACAUCAUAGACUCCCUGGCUUCCCACAUCUCCGACAAGCAGUGUGCGGAGCUGGGUGCUGACAUCUGAGGGCCCACGCAGUGCUGGCCCACUCGAGAAUAACUAUGCCUGCCCUGCCCACUGCAGACUACACUGGCCACGCUGAGGCCCGAGGCAGAGUGCUUGGACCUGCCAGCCAAGGGGCAGGCUGCCCAGAGCCUUCAAAGGGAAAGGGGACAUGGGGCCUUUGCCCCAUUUCACUGCUGAGGACACAGGUCCCACAGGGAAUGGAUGGUGAAACAGGCCCCCCAGGUGGAACCGUCUUCUCAGGUGGCGGUAUGGGUGGGAAGCCAGGGCCCAGCAGUGGGAAAGCCCACCAUGGAGCUGGUGUGGGGCUGCCCAUCCGGCAGGGACUGUGCAUGGCUUGUGGAUCUGGCCACUGGGUCCUAGUGCCAAGGUCCCUCUGACCCGGGGGGGGGCUACACAGUACCCCCUCACUUUCACCAAGGUUGCUGUAAGGGCCCCUGCUAUCACCCGGAGCUUGUGGGUGGGCAACAGUAACAGGCACAUGGAAUCUAACUCCAGAUGAAUUUGGGGGUGUGAAGGGCUCUGAGUCAGCUAGCCUGAGGGGCCAGCCACUCUGGCCUGGGCCAGGCUUCUAGAGGGGUUGCAGGAUCCCACCCCACUGUGUGCACAUCAAGGGCCCCCAGCUGCGCCAGGGAGAAGUCAGUGAAGGUGCCCCCUGGGUCCCCAUCUGUCUCUAAGUAUUUGUCAUAGACAUGCCAUUAAGACCAUAGUAGUGCUAAUCCACUACACACACCUCAAAGGCAUAGUCCCUGAGCUGAGGACGGAUCAGGUGGCCCAAGUGCUUGGGACCGGCCAGUCCUGUCCAGUUCUCUACCCGUGUCAGCAACUCCUGGCCCCAUCUGGGGUGACCGGUUGUGGGGGUGGAAUCCAGGCUAGCCCCUCCCCUCCGAGGGGAACCCUGGAGCCCCAAGGCUGCCUUGCCCCGGCAUCCUUCCCCAUCCCCCAACAGAAGGCCCUGGGAGUCCACCCUAACACAGAAAGCACUGUUCUGCCUUCUUUCUGGCAACAAGAAUCCCAGGGACCCUUCUACCCCGGCUACCAGGGGGCUACUUUCGGGGAAACAGUCCUUCACAUCCUUCUUCCAGUUGUGCCCCCACGCAAACAUGGCGCCUGCCUCUCCUCGGCCCUUGAGUCUCAGGUGCUGUGUACGGACGGAUGGGGAACCCCAGUGGCAGGUGGGCACCCUCAGGCAAGGGGAGUCCAUAAGGCCGCCAGUAAGCUAGGAAACGGCCCAGUGCAAGAUGAGCCUCUGUGAGCCUGGAAACCCCAGUGAAUGAUCCGCAAACCCUGCUCUACAGUGGACCCUUGUAACCGGUCGCUUGACUUUCUCUUCUAAACAUAUGAAUAAAUGAACUUACACACCAAGGAUCCUAGAAAGCCAAUUUCAGAACAUUGUGUGGCACUUUCCAGGACCAGGGAGAAUUCAGCUAUGCUCUUGGGGCUACCGUGGCCGAAGCCCAGCAGGGAGGUUACGUGUGCAGUUAAAACCACCCCACACCCUGAGCUGUUUGCCACCAUCACAGAUACAGGGAAGCCCACAUUCCAGUCAACUUGAAGAACAACAGGGACUCAGGUUGAGGCCGGGAUUGCUGCCCCCAAGGCUGCCUCCAAGCUUCCCCACCUCUUCCCAGACCUCUGGGGACUAGAAGUGUCAUUGCUGGGCCUUUACUACUUGCCAAGCAUACAGCGCCAGGUCAGAAAUUGCUGUCUUUGUCCGUUUUUCAGAUAAGCCAGGCCCAGGGAUAAGGGGGUAGCUGGUCUGCAGGCUGGGGUUGAAGUGCUGUACCGUACUGACUUCUGGGCAGACCGGGCCAAAACUGGGCCAGUGGAUGGAAGCCAUGCAGGUGUCCUUGCAAAUGGAGUCUAGCCUGGGUUUCAUGAGUGUUUUCAAAAAGACGAGACUGCGGGAGUCUGGGCUGUUUCAGGUACCAAGGAGAAGGUUCCUGGUGCUGCCCCUG